AUGCUCGUACCUAGACGAAUUGCGACUCCCUCGACCCAUUUCGCUCGUGCCCUAAACUACAGCAGCUCAUUCCGUUUCUUCGUCGUCGCCAACUCGGCCCGACCUAGUACACCGUCGUUCCUCCUCCUCCUCCCCAACGCCGCACGUCCCUUCCAUUCGAACCGACCCCAGAUGAGCCGCGCUCCUAGAUGGUCAGAAUGGCGUCUCUGCCCACCCUCGGCGACCCCAUCAGAUUCGACCACCUUUCGUAACCAAGCGAAACUUCCGCGAUUACCCAUCCCCGAGUUGGACCUCACCUUGGACAAGUUGGUCGAGAGUUGUCGACCUUUGGCGAAGGAUGAGAACGAGUUGCAAGAGUUGAAGAGGAAAGUGAGCGUCUUUAGGCACGGUUUGGGGCGCAAGUUGCAGCAGAGGUUGGUGCAGAGACGAGAGUGAGUUAUGUGGUGGAGAGGGAGGGAGGGGGGCAUGUGGGGGGGAGACGGAAGGGGGGAGAGUAGAAGCUGAUGCAUUCGUGUUUUGGUAAAUAAGGUCCGAGGGGAUGAGGAACUGGAUAGCCGAAUGGUGGGAUAAUGAUGCCUACAUGGCUUAUCGCGAUUCGGUCGUCGUCAAUGUGAGUUAGCGCGGGGAAAGGGGCUCGGCUCGGCAGCAGAGGAAAGAGAUUUUUCCCCGCGGGGAAUCCGAGCCCCCACCUUUCAUCGGCUGAGCUCGGCAGAUCUGCUCGGCGGGGGGGUUCAACCCGCGACUUACGGUCAUUUCUGAACGAUCUCCCAGGUUUCAUACUACUAUGGUUUCAAGAAAGUUCCCCAAGCCCCUUCCUCCGUCUCGAACCCCCCCACUUCGGACCCAGCCUACGUCGCGGCGUCGAUCAUCAUCACCGCGCUCGAAUUCCGUCGUCUCCUCAUCAAAGGGCUUUUGGAACCCGAACCGGCCGGAAAGGAAGGCGAGUUGUGCAUGGAGAGUUUCAAAUGGGCCUUCAACGCGAAUCGAAUCCCGGCCAAACCGGCCGAUUAUGCGGUCAAGGUCAGGGAGGACUCGAAAGAGGGUCAACAUGUCGUCGUCGUUUUGAAGGAAAGGUUUUACAAAGUGCCGCUCGUCGAUCGCGAAGGGAGGGAAUUCACGGUCGAGGAGAUGAGGAGGGGUUUGCAGGGUCUGUUGGACAAGGUGGAGAAGGAGGGGAAAGGGGAGGGCGAAGGAGUUGGGAUCCUCACUGGGUUGAACAGGGAUACUUGGACGGACGCGUACGAACAUCUCAUCCAGGACGCCGGCAACAAGCAAAUCAUCGACGAGAUUUCCAAAUCGGCUUUCGUCGUUGCUUUUGAUCAACAUCGUCCUGAACCGGAGAUGGAGAAAGUUGAAGGGAAGGGGGGGAAGAAUAUGGCGGGGGAGGGAAUCAGGGAUUUCUCGGAGAGGUUGUGGAAGGCGGGGGGACAGGGCAAGGGGAUCGGCGAAGGCGCAAAUCGGUGGUGGUGAGUCCGGGGCGAGAUUGAAUAUUUAUUCUUGUGAUCGAGUUGUGGAGCUGACAGCCUCUCUCCGUACGCGACAGGGACAAACCCCAACAAUGGGUCGUCUUUGCGAACGGCGAAUCGGGCUUCAUCGGCGAACAUUCCUGCAUGGACGGUACGCCCACGGCCCGUCUGUCCGACUUUGUCUCCAAGCGACUCAUCACACGCCAACCCGUGGAAGUCGGUUCUUCCGAUCCCGCUCCGAAAUCCUCACCUACCAUCGAAGCUCUGGACUUCCACGUCGAUGCCCAAACGAAGAAUGCCAUCGAAGAGGGCAAGAAGGAGUUUGAGAAACAUGUCGGAGGUCAUGAGGUGUUUUAUUUGCAUUAUGGAAGGUACGGGAAGGAAGGGAUCAAGAGGAACAAGACCUCACCGGAUGGGUGGGUGCAGAUGGCGUUCCAGUUGGCGUAUUAUAUGACGGUCAGUUCGGGUUGUAGGGCGAUGAGAGGGGUGGAAUGCUGAUCACACGACGACUCGUAUUGGAUGAUCCGCAGCACGGCAAACCUUGUGGGACGUACGAAGCGGCCCAAGUCCGUCGAUUCCAAUUGGGUCGAACGGGUCAGCCCAACCUCCACGUCAUGCUCUACGAGCAUCCCUCACUGACGCUUAACCCCCUUACGAUCCUCAUAGAAACCGUGCGCAUCUGCACCUCCGCGGCUCUCGCUUUUGCCCAAGCCAUGACCUCCCCCUCCACGACCCUAUCCGAAAAACGUUCCCUCUUCGCGCAAGCCGUCGCGCAACAUGGAAAGGAUAUGAAAGCCGCUUCCUUCGGACUAGGAAUCGAUCGUCACCUCUUUGGCCUCAAACACCUCUUCCUCAACGCCGAAGAAGCCUCUUCCCCUUCUGCGGAAUUAUUCCAAGACCGGCUCUUGAAACGUUCUUCGACGUGGACGAUGUCGACGAGUCAAAUCUUUAUCGAACAUAGUCCGGCUUAUGGGUGGGGGAGGGUCGACCCCGAUGGGUAUGGGAUUCCUUAUAUGGUGCAUAAGGAGCAUUUGCAGUUCUCGGUCACUUGUGAGAGGCACAUGAAGGGGAGGGAAUUCAUUGGUACGUUAUUUUCAUGGGGUCAUGCGAGAGGGCGGGUGGUGGAGAAGCGUUGCUGGUUCUUCUGCGUGCUGAUCUUUACGUUGGGUCCGUGAACAGCCAAUUUGGGCAAGGCGGCGGAUAUGAUCAUGGACAUGAUGGAAGCUAGUGCCGCGGACGCGAAGGCUUAG